AUGGCCGAAGCAGAAGACAACAAUAUAGGUAUUCCCAAUGUUCAAAUCCUACCUAGAAGAUGAGAUUGAGGAAAAAAGCAAGCAAAUUUAAUCAAAAGGGAAAGCCGAAAAGGACGUUAUAAAGCUGAAGUUCAAAGGAAACCAAAAGCAAUAUGAAAUCAACGCCAAGCUCGAAGCAAUUCUUACAGAUAUUUCGAAAGCGAACGAGCAGAAUAAAAAAGAGCGUGUAGCAAACCUAGUUGACGAAGCUAAAGCUCUAAGUCAUCGGCGCCAAAAGCUAAUAAAAAUCGCAGACAGGAGUAAAGAUGCCUGGAGAGUUGUAGAAGAAUAUGAGUCGGAUGACCUAGCCUCGAAUUCUGAAGACGAGAAGCGCCUUCGCAAGGCAAUAGAAUUAGCGGGUCGUAGGCGGAAAACUGAAACCAAUAAAGUGCAACAGAAAUAA